AUGUCCCCUUUGUACAAUUCUCGAAUGACCCAAACCGAGCUGGUGAAAAGUACCCCAGGUGUUGAAAGGCUUGCAGUUUUUGACACAGGGAGUGAUCUCUCUUGGGUGCAAUGUUCCCCUUGCAAAACAUGUUACCCCCAAGAUGCUCCUUUAUUCGAUCCAACCCAAUCUUCCACGUACGUGGAUGUUGCAUGUGAUUCACAAGCAUGCACUCUGAUUCCCCAAAACCAACGUGAUUGUACGAAUUCUAGGCAAUGCAUUUACCUUCACCAGUAUGGUGCGAGUUCAAUCACCAUAGGGAAAUUGGGCUCUGACACCAUUAGCUUUGGGUCCACAAGCAUGGGCCAAGGUGCAACAUUUCCCAAAUCAGUUUUUGGAGUGGUAUCUUCAACCUCCACUGGGAAAUUGAAAUUCGGGAACCAUCCAACACAAGCAGCAACAAAUGGGGUUGUGUCCACACCCUUUAUGAUCAACCCUUUUUUACCCUCGUUCUAUCUCCUCAACCUAGAGGGUAUAUCAAUUGGUCAAAAAAAGGUGUUGACUGGUCAAACUGGUGGCAACAUAAUCAUUGAUUCAGUGCCAAUAUUGACACAUCUUGAACAACGAAUUUACGCCGAUUUCAUGAGUUCAGUUAAAGAAGUGUUUAAGGUGGAGGCAGCAGAAGAUGCUCCAACCCAAUUCGAGUUUUGUGUCAGAAACCCUUCAAACAUGAAGCUCCCUCCGUUUGUAUUGCAUUUCACAGGGGCUGAUGUUGUGCUAAACCCAAACAACCUAUUCAUUGUCGUGGACAACAACAUGGUUUGCAUGACAGUGGUACCCACCACUGGAAUUUCCAUCUUUGGAAAUUGGGCACAGGUUGAUUUUCAAGUGGAGAGAAAAAAGCUUCUUUUGCUACUACCAAUUGCAGCAGCUAUUAAUUGCCUUACACUAUCUUCAUAA